UUUUAAUAUAAGUUUUUCAUUUUUGAUGGAUUUGCCUCCGCUUUCUGAAUUAGAAUUAUAGAAUAUAUAUGCUUGGGUAAAUAAUAAAAUAUUAUUUUGAGAUUGAUAAAAUUCCAUUGACUAGGCCAAAGAAGAAUAUUUAAAGAGAUUUUGCAGAUGGAGCUAUGGUUGCUGAAGUUAUAUAUCAUUACCUUCCAAAAUUAGUAGAAAAACAUAAUUAUCCUUAAGCUAAUAGCAUUUAAUAAAAAUAAUAUAAUUGGAGCACACUCAAUUUAAAAGUAUAGCAUCAUGUAAUCAUAUAGGUAUUUAAAAAAUUAGGAUUUUAAUUAUCAAAAAAUGAUAUUGAUAGUAUUAUUGCUUGUUAAUCUGAAGCAGUUGAAAGAGUAUUAAAGUAUUUGUAAAUAAAAAUUGAAAAAUAUUUGGAACAAUAGAAAGAAUUAGAAAAGAAGGCACUUGAAUAAUAAAAGCAAAUGUAAUAUUAAUAGCAACAAAAAUAGUAAAUGUAGGAAGAUUCCCUAUAAAAUUAGGAUUUAAGAUUGAUAUUGGCUGAAAAAAAUUAAUCUAUAACAGAGUUAAAGGAAACUGUUGAAAUUUUAUAAUUAAAAGUAAAAAAACUUGAAUAACUAUUACAAAUCAAAGAUAAUAAAAUUUAAGGAUUAAUCAAUUAAUUGCAAGGUAAGUAAUGA